AUAAGACGGUGACCUGUGAACAUGCGAUCAUUGUUGAUUGUAUUUUUCUGCGGUCUUUGUUUUUGUGCCAAAGAAAAACUAAGAGAAGUGACCUCGUGGAAACAGAUUACCUACAACAUACAUGGAGUCUUGUACAAAAAAGACGCAGAUGUAAAAAUAUCCAACAGCAGCGUCUACUUCGUUCAGGAUGUGGAAGAUUUAGAGAAAUACUUCAUUCAGUACAACAAUGUCCCGGUAGGAUUUGAAGUGUACAGCGAUAGAGUCUUUGUCACUGUGCCGAGACGAAGAUACGGGAUACCAUCAACACUGAACUACAUUAAACUGGACGGCUCACCAGCACCUCCACUGCGGCCGUAUCCCAGUCAUGAGUGCGACAGACCUAUCUCCGUGUACAGGCCUAGAGUCGACGCCUGUCAUCGGCUGUGGAUAAUUGAUACUGGACUUCUUGAAGUUCCCAAUGGUAGAAAACAGCUGAAGCCGCCAGCGAUCCUAGUUUAUGAUUUACAUACAAACAAACAGAUAUUAAGAUACCAACUGAAAGCUACGGACUUAGUGAACGAAAGGACGUCUGCAGGUCUAACCUCAAUAACCGUAGACGUGAAUCCCCAAACUUGCAACGACGCGUACGCAUACAUAAACGAUUUGGCGACCAAUGGCCUCAUCGUAUUCUCUAUGAGGGAAAGAGACAGCUGGAGAAUUGAUCACACCAGCUUCGUUCAUGAUGAAGCCGCCUUGAAUUUUACCGUAGCAGACAACACCAUAAAUUGGAAAGACGGGCUGUUCAGCAUAGCCCUGUCUGACCCCAGGGCUGACGGCUCCAGGACAGCUUACUACCACCCCCUGAUUUCCACCCAGGAAUUCUUCAUCAACACGGAGAAUCUGAAGAAGAAGACGAAGGAUAUUAAAGGACUUGUUACUCCAUUGGGCGACCGCGGCCGUCUAACACAGAGCGGGUCACACGACUACCACGCACAGAGCAAAACCCUAUUAUUCGCAAAUGUAGCCCAAGACGCCAUCCUUUGUUGGAACGUUGCGACGUCGCUGAAGCCGAAGAACGUGGCUAUAGUAGCCCAGGAUCAUGAGAAACUGGUUUAUAUAUCAGAUUUAAAGGUAGUUGGUGACGAUGUGUGGGUGCUGGUGAAUCAGAUACCGCGGAUCGUGUAUUCCAACCUUAAUCCGCUAGAGACUAAUUAUUACAUACACAGGGGUUAUAUACCGGAUUUGAUUCGGGGAACUGCGUGCGAUAAUUUAAACAAAAGCAACUGAAGAACCUUUCUAAGGCCGAUUGAAAAGACAAUAAAUGACAAAAUUUACGGCAAAAUUACGGCAAAAAUAAUUGUAUUUACUUGAAUUAUUAUUGAGUGAAGAAAAGAAGGCACUUUGGGACAAAAACAUCUGACCAUCAUUUUUAAAGCUGGUUAUAAAUUAUACUUAUUUUUUAAGGGAAUACAUUGACAUUUGUAUUUGUUUUUUUUUUUGUAUUUAUUAGUAAAUUUAUUGACUGAAUAAUGUUAUAUUUAUUUUAACGUAGAUAGGUGCGUACCUACAUUCCAUUGGUAUUUUUUAAAAUAUUUAUUCAAUUUAUUUAUAACCGUGUGAUUCCCGGCACCAAUAGAAAAAGAAUAGGACCACUCCCUCUUUCCCAUGGAUGUCGUAAAAGGUGACUAAGGGAUAGGCUUAUAAACUUGGGAUUAUUCUUUUAGGUGAUGGGCUAGCAACCUGUCACUAUUUCAAUCUCAAUUCUAUCUUAAAGCCAAAAAGCUGAACGUGGCCUAUCAGUCAUUUCAAGACUGUUGGCUCUGUCUACCCCGCAAGGGAUAUAGACAUGAUUAUAUGUAUGUUCGUAUUAAAUUUAUUGACUGUACAAUUUUAUAUUCAUUUUAACGUAGAAGAUUAUGUAGGUACAUUCCAUUUUUCCAUUGUAAAAUAAAUUUCAAAAUUAUAACAUUAAUGAUGAGGUAAUAGCUCAGCUUAGUUCAGACGCCAGUCUCUCACAAUCUUACCAUCUAUUUAUUUUUAAGAAGAAAGAUUGUAGAGAGAAAUAAAGU